AUGCUAUUUCCAGCAGCCCCGGAUUUCUUCCUCCAAAGGAUGAUCGGUGCUGCCAUGGAAACUCCUCACUUGCUCUACGCCCUUCUAGCGUCUGCCUGCAGCCACCACAGUCGUCUUAUCAAAGACUCAACCCCGAACCCGAAAGUGACUUGUCUGAAAUAUACGAAUAUGGCAAUAUCUAGUUUGCGUGAGACACUUCAAGAUGCAAACCAGUCACUCAAAGCCGAAACGAUUACUACGGCGAUGGCUCUGUGCACGAAUGAUGUCUGCAAUGGAAACAUGCACGUUUGGCGAACACAUCUCCGAGGAGUCCUUCGUCUCUUGGCCGCGUGUCUACAGCACCAAAGAGAAGCAUACUCCACCGAUGACCCAUUUCUCUUAUCAUUAGCAAAGUGGUUCAAGACUAUGGAUAUCAUCGCAGCCUUGUCAGGAAUUGACGGCGAGUGUAUUCAUGAUCCCGAGAAUGGACCGUUGGAUAGAGGUUCAAUUUUGGGAAAUGACUACAUCGAUGACAUCUGCGGCUACUCAAUAGACUUGAUCCCGUACAUGGUACGAAUAUCCCAAAUGGUCCGCUCUCAAAGACUCGAUAAUAUGCCUGCCGACACUAGCCCUGGUGAAUUGGCAUCACUUCGAGUAAUUGCCGAAGUGGAGGCUCUCGAAAGCGACAUAAUGUCUUUGGUAGAGAAGCCUCUUUCCGGUCCAUCAUACCAGGAAGGAGAAGCCUUUUCUACCGAGUUGAGAAGCACACAUCUGGCUUUUGUGCACUCUGCUUUACUCCACCUCCACCGCCGAGUCCAGCUACUACCAAUAGACCACAUCAAAGUCAGAAUAGACAUCAAGAAUAUCCUCGACGCUAUUCAAAAUAUCAACCUGACAUCAACAGCAAACAUCUUGAUCCUAUGGCCAGUGUUCAGCGCGGGUUGUGAGACAACUAGCCCAAGUGAACGAGACAUGAUACGAGAGCGGAUGGGCAUAAUGCAAAACUUCGGAAUGGGGAAUUUCACAAGAACUCGAGAAUUGCUGGAGAAGUACUGGGAAUCCGGCAGCGAUUUACGAUGGGAUGAAUACUUUGCACGACUUGGGCUUGAGCUGGUUCUCUUCUAG